AACCCCCUGUGAUGCCAACCCCUCCAUGGUUGGGCUGAACGGCAUGUCUGUCGAGGCGGUAUAAUCUAAAACCACACCGGGGUAUUAUUAUGGAGCAGACGGUUUGUUGACGGAGAUGCGACGGUGCAUGAAAAAGACAGUUGGUCUCCAACGGCGGGAUGAAGUAUGAUCGGUGAUAGACGCGCAGGAGAACGGGGAGAGAGAAAUCUGAGUCAACAUAAUCCAUCUGGACAUCGGAGGGGAGAUGAGGACCGUGAUGGCUUCGAUGAAAACAGCAUUAUUCGUAUUUCUACAAUGGGUGCUCCAGUGCGCCGUGUGUCGUGAUGUAACCCUUCCCCCCGGGACCCUCUUCCGUGUUGCAGGGUUCCCCCUCUCCCUGCCCUGUGUAGUAUCAGGGUACGAAGGCCCACGUACGCAGGACUUUGAGUGGUUCCUGUACAGGGAUGAUGCUGGUGGGAGGCAGAUAGGAGUGGUGUCCACCAGAGACAAGGGCUUCCCUUUUGCCCCGUUUCAGACUCGGGUUAGGAACGGGGAGGUGAGGGUCGAGAGGGACUCGGGGGAUAAGGUGCGACUGGUGAUCCAGAGGCUCCGGGCUGAAGACCAGGGGAAGUACGAGUGCUACACACCCAGUACGGACAGCACCUACCAGGGGAACUACAGCACCAAAGUGACUGUAAAAGUGAUCCCUGACACACUCCAGAUCAGCUAUACCCGCUCCCUCACCAGCCAGCCCGUGCCAGAGGGAGCCGAAUUAACGCUGACAUGCUCAGCCGGCAUCCAAUCGGAGCAGCUCACCCAUCUGUCCAUCACGUUCAGGAAGCGUAGUGGCGGAGAGGGUCUGGGGAGCGGAGCAGGGGGGGAGGUUAGCACUGUCAGAGAUAUUAUCUCCAUCGACAAGCUGCUGGGGGUCGUCCCCGGACAUUUGUACAAGAAGCGGUACGAUGCUGGAGAGAUCACGCUGGAGAAGAGGAACGGGGAGGCCGGACAGGACGUGUACUUGAUGAAGAUGAGAGCUGUGCAGCCAGACGACACCGGCUCGUAUUUCUGUGAGGCCUCGCAAUGGAUUCUGGACCCUGAUCGAUCGUGGCAGAAGAUCGCACAAAGGACGCUGGAUAUUGGCAACUUGACAGUUCAGCAACUAGCGGAGUCUCUGAGUAUUACAUCCUCACCGAAAGGGGAGGUGACCCUGCAGGUCGGUUCCCCUCUCAUCCUGACCUGUGAGGUGUUGGGCCUGCCAUCUGGUGUGAACUCGGGCCUGCUGGUUCAGUGGAUGAAGAGGGGAUCAGUAAGCAGCGACGUAGCCGGGAGCGGGGGAGUGGAGGUGGUGGUGGCCCGCAUGAGUCCAGAUGGUAUUGUGAGCUGGGGGGACGACCUCAGCCGAGCCAGCGGGGGCUCGAUGGAGAAGGUGGCGGAGGGGAAGUACUCUCUGAAGCUGUUUUCGGCCCGGCCUUUAGACUCAGGGGUGUAUCGGUGUGUGGUGAGUGUGUAUGCUGGAAGAAGAAACCCCAGCCCCUCGACUCCUGCAACACUCACCCAGAGGUCCGAGGGAGUCACCGUCAACCUCAAGAGCAAAGACGUGCUCGUUGCAGCUGUGGCUCAGCUCCCCCGAGGCCCUCUGUUAAAAAGAGGCAGCACCAUCACCCUGAUCUGCAACGCCACCGUGACAACCACAGGUCCCGCCCAGGCGCAGGUGCAGUGGCUGCGGUGGCCAAUCCCUGAGCGAGUUAUCAAGAAGGACAAGGGUCCAGCAUCUGAGGUCACUGAACCGGACCCCCCUGUGGAGAUAAAACCCCAACUGGUAGCCGUCCUCAUGUACGACGGCGUCGCACAGAUCUACGCCAACGGUAGCGAGGUCAGCGUCGACCGCCUGUCAGCUGGCAGCUACAGACUGAGGGUCCACGCAGCGACAAUGGAUGAUCAGGGCAUGUAUGUGUGUCACGCUCAGGCGUGGGGUCAGGACCCGCAUGGAGGCUGGUACAACACUGGAGCCAAAGCAGAGUCAAAUCCAGUGACGGUUUACUUGUACGCCAGAGCCGCAGACCUCCUCCUCAUCCCUUUGGUUAUCGGCGUCUCCUCUGCCUUGUUCGUGGGCAUCGUCAUCAUCGCAACAGUAACCUGCUGCUUCAUGAAACGACUGGCGAGACAGCGCGCUCAAAAAUAGGUGUCCGCUCUUGCUCCCCUGUCUGCAAUCUGAAUGUUUGUGAAGAGGCUCUAAAGAGGUGAUGCACAGAACAUGAUGGAUAAGACACAACUUACAGACACAAAGAAGUGAAAACUGACUGCCACCCUCUUAGAUGAUUUUUCUGUGUUUUUGACCUACCUGUUAACAGUCAAUGCCAAAUUUUUCUGUUUUAUAUUCUCUUGUAUUUUCAUAUCCAAACUUCUGAAAACAACAUAUUUUAGUGAUUGCUGCAGCACGCACCAGUAGGCGUAAUAAUCUAGAUUUUUGACCCCUCUCCACUCCCCAAGUGGGCAAAGACUCACAGUUUUUGGAGUCUGUUUUAGCUUAACCCACCUUUUUAGUGAUCCCUAUGUCCCAGCUUAUCUUUCUGUUGCAAAUGAAAAAGGAUCAAAAUGCACAAAAUGUACAAUAUUUUUGUGACAAGGUCAAGAGUAAAGAAAAUACUGCAGGUUUGUUUUGAGUCUCUCAGAUGCGAGAAGUCUAGAUGCUGUAAAAGUGUCGUCUCUGCAGAAAAGCCAAGCAAACUUCCCUCUCAGAAGACAAAGUUUGUUCGAGUAUGAAGGUACCAAAUGGUUCUCAGCCUGUCAGAUGUUUUGUAAGAUGCUGGAUGUAGAUCAUCCUUUAUUUAGAAACGGUUCUAUUUUCACACAAAGAAUAUUCAGUGGUUUCACAAAUCAUUGAUACUGUUCUAGCUGUUCCCUCCCUCAAACUGCAUGUUCGUCUUUUUAUUCCAAAAAAACAUCUAAAUGUCUGUGCAUGGUUAUAAGCCUCUAGCACUGCCACACUGACAGUCACAUGAAUGCUGAUGGGAGCAGUUCAGCCUCCAGAAACUCAAUAUGAGCAGGGACCUUCCAGCGCCUUCAGCCCACCUCCGCUCUGCAAGCAAACAAAGUCUCUGUCUGUUACUUAAUAAGGAAGGCGCUGGCUGGGGGCUUUCUAAUGCCAAGACCAAUUGAGUACCGAUUCUUAAACACAUGCAUUCCUUGCCUGUGACGCUUUUACGCUGAAGUGAGUUUUCUAUACGGACUUGUAUAGAUUUGACACAGAGAAAUGGAAGAUAUCCAUAAUGCACUGAGAUAAAAUGUGUAAAUAUUUUAUGGAGUUUAGCUGUUUUAUUUUUAUUAAUGUAAGUAAGAUGCUGUCUUUGGCAGAGCACCUGUGUUUAACAUUCUGCAGCAGUCUGCUCUGCUCUUUUGAAGCACUUGGACACAAAUGGGACUGGGACCAAAGCCCCUCUGUAUCCUUCUGUUACUUGAUUUUCUUCCAGCUGAAAAGUCACUUCCUUGCUGUGCUUGAGAGCAUUUUAUUUUUUCUUCUUUUUGUACGAUUAAUAGCUCCUCUCGCUCUUGUGACUGAGACAGAAAAGACGGUACUGUGAAAAAGAAUCCCCCGUUUGUUACACUGAGUAACAGAAAAACAUAUUGUCUCACACUGUUUAGGUUACUUGUCCCCCGAGGUGAAAAUCUCCUGAGCAGCGCAGUCAUAUGACCUGAUAGUUUAGUCAAGUCUCACUGUCGUCGUCAUCAUGUGGUUCACACCACACAUUUCUGCAGCCAGGACUUAUUAUGACUAUAGCCCGCGCUGCUAGCCCACAGAAAUCUGUUGGACAGAUUUACUGUGUCUGUGCGCUUAUAAUGAGCGAAAUCCAUCCUCCUCUUCCUGUCCAAAGUAUCACUUAAGAAAAGUUUGGUCGUGCGAGCGUGCCCGCAUUGUGUGAUCAUGUAAAGUUAGAUACAUGUUCGUGGAAAGGAGGAAGAAAUCUGU